GUAAGUUAUUCUGGCUUAAGGUUGUGGGUUUGCCAGGUAUUAGUGGUAAGAGUAGCCAAACUCCCCUUAAACUUUCUUUCAUAAAAAAUAAAAAAAAAUAAAAAAAAUAGUGAUUUUUGUAAACAAAAAAAAAGUAGUGAUUUUUGUGGAUUUUUAGAAUGAAGAUUCAAGACUCAAACCCUUACUUAUAAUUGACCCCCAAAAAAAUUCUUUAAAAAAAAACCCUUACUCAUAAAAUAAAAAUAAAUAAUAAAUAAACGAGACCCAAACCCUUACUAAGCUCCCGCUCCCACAGUGUGUCUGGUGCUGCCUCUCAUCCUCUUCAUCGUCUCAUAUCUCCCAACUUCCAAAGGUAGGCAACCGAUCAGCUCCUUUUCCGUUAAACCUACAAUUGGAAGAUCAGCAGAGAGGCAAAGUUUAGCUUUUUAGGGUUUUUUAGUAGAGCUUCAUCAUCCAAUUGAAGAACUGAACAGAGCCAAAUAAGAUGUCAGGGAGGAAAGAAACAGUCUUGGACCUGGCCAAGUUUGUGGACAAAGGUGUCCAAGUCAAGCUCACUGGUGGUAGACAAGUAACAGGGACUCUAAAAGGAUAUGACCAGUUGUUAAACCUUGUCCUAGACGAAGCAGUAGAGUUUCUAAGAGAUUCUGAUGAUCCAUUGAAGACUACGGACCAGACCAGGCGCCUUGGCCUAAUAGUUUGUAGGGGAACUGCUGUAAUGCUUGUGUCGCCAACAGAUGGUACAGAUGAGAUUGCGAACCCUUUUAGCCAGCCUGAUGGGGCCUAAAACGGAGAACUUGCUUUGCCUCUCCUCACAACACAGUUUUUAAGAAACCAUGAUGGGGUGAUUGUGGGGACCUUGGUCUUUAAAUACCAUGGACAUUUGAUUAUCAACUAAUGUAAAACAUUAAAAUGUUUGUUACUCUCUGUUCGGUUUAGAUUCUAGUAGUAAAUCUGUUCUAGGAAUUGGAUGCUUCUAAAAAUGAAACUCAUUGUCUUUUGGGUGUCAUCCUGCAAUGUAGUUAUGUAACAUUGUAAAAUUUGAAUCCUACCUGAGUUUCAUACAAUUCUAGUAGGAUUUUCUUUGUUGCUUCAUUUGUUUUCA